AUGCCAAUACUUCGAGUGCUGCACUUAACAGACAUCCAUUUGGACAUGAUGUAUACGCCGGGACUUGAGACAAAAUGCUCUGAACCGCAGUGCUGCAGACCUCAGAAGAACUCCACCAUUUUCGCAAAGACGGACAUUAAGCAGCCAGCUGGAUAUUGGGGUAUGGUUGGUGAUUGUGAUGCUCCCUACUGGUUACUUACCAACAUGUUGGAAUUCAUUCAAAAAAAUCAUAAAGACGUGAGUUUCACAAGUGUUCACACUUCUCUUAAGCGAUCCUGA